AGUGGGGAAUCGUCAACCAAUCGUCACGUCACUGUCGCAGCCGCAGCCGCAGCUCCGUUCACGAUCGUUGCUACUAUUGAUGAGCUUCAGCACACCAUGUAGUCGCCGCGCUCCAUCACUUUCUUCUCUCUCACUGCACUCUUUCGAGCUAAUCGGGGGGUCAAAGCGUGCCUCUGGAAUAACCAAGAUGAGCCGCGCGAGCCAAACCCAGGACUCCGACGCUCAACGUGAGGAGGAGAUUCAAUAUGGCGCCUCUGACUUGAGAAAGGAUGAGCUGGAUGACAAAUACCCCAACCGCCCGAGGAACCACUCCAAGACCCUGGCGUUUCACGAUCUCUUCCUCGAGCUGUUCAACCCGCUCAAUGAGAACAAGAAGCAGCCGGCGGGGGGCCCAGCAAGCAAAAAGGGCCCGCGCGGCGCCCACAGCCUGUCCCCGCAGGAGCAGCGCAGACACAUCAUAGAGCGGUUCAUCACGCGCUGGCGUAAGGAAGUGGGCGACGACUUCUACCCGGCGCUGCGCCUCAUCCUGCCGGACAAGGACCGCGACCGCGGCGUCUACGGCCUCAAGGAGAGCGCCAUCGGCAAGCUACUUGUCAGGCUCAUCAAGAUUGACAAGAACUCUGAGGAUGGCUACAACCUCCUGCAUUGGAAGAUCCCCGGGCAGACCAUGGCCGCGCGCCUCGCGGGCGACUUUGCCGGCCGCUGCUUCGAGGUCAUCUCCAAGCGCCCGAUGCGGACCGACGUCGGCGAUAUGACCAUUGCCGAAGUCAACGAGCAGCUCGACAGGUUGGCGGCGUCGUCGGGCGAGGCCGAGAAUCUCCGCAUCUUUGAGACGUUUUACAAGCGCAUGAAUGCCGAGGAGAUGAUGUGGCUGAUCCGCAUCAUCCUCAAGCAGAUGAAGGUGGGCGCCACGGAAAAGACGUUCCUCUACCUGUGGCACCCGGACGGCGAGGCCCUCUUCAGCGUGUCGUCGAGCCUGCGCCGCGUGUGCUGGGAGCUGUACGAUCCGGAGGUGCGGCUCGAGCACGAGGAGGCGGGCAUCUCCCUCAUGCAGUGCUUCCAGCCGCAGCUCGCCCAGUUCCAGAUGCCGGCGUCAUUUCAGCGCAUGAUUGAGCUGUUGCGUGUCACCGAAGAGGACCCCGAGUUCUGGAUCGAGGAGAAACUCGACGGCGAGCGCAUGCAGAUGCACAUGGUCGAGGACCAAGACCACCCGGGUGGUAUGCGCUUCUGCUUCUGGUCGAGAAAGGCCAAGGACUACACCUAUCUAUAUGGCAACGGCUUCAUGGAUGACAAUUCGGCGCUGACGAGGCACCUCAAGAAUGCCUUUGCGUCGGGCGUGCGCAACCUCAUUCUCGACGGCGAAAUGAUCACUUGGGACAUGGGCAUCAACAAGAUUGUGCCGUUUGGGACGCUCAAGACGGCUGCCCUCUCCGAACAGCAGAACAAGUCCGACUCGGACGCCGCGGGCCACCGUCCGCUAUUUCGCGUCUUCGACAUUCUGUACCUCAACGACAAGCAGCUUACGCAGUACACGCUGCGCGACCGUCGACGCGCCCUCGAAAAGGCCGUCGACCCCGUUCAUCGCCGCCUCGAGAUCCACUCGUACACGCCCGCGACGUCGGCCGACGCCAUUGAGCCCCUGCUUCGCGAGGUGGUGGCCAACGCCUCCGAGGGCCUCGUGCUCAAGAACCCGCGGUCCAUGUACCGGCUCAACAGCCGCAACGACGACUGGCUCAAGGUCAAGCCCGAGUACAUGUCCGAGUUUGGCGAGUCGCUCGACUGCCUCAUCAUCGGCGGCUACUACGGCUCCGGGCGCCGCGGCGGCAUGUUGUCGAGCUUCCUGUGCGGGCUGCGCGCCACGCAGAACCACAUCCAGGCGGGCGCCAACCCAGAAAAGUGCUUCAGCUUCUUCAAGGUCGGCGGCGGGUUCCGCGGCGAGGACUACGCCGAGAUUCGGCACCACACCGAGGGCAAAUGGAUCGAGUGGGACCCCAAGAACCCGCCGUCCGAGUACAUUGAGCUCGGCGGCGGCGAAGCCAAGCAGCUGGAGCGGCCGGACGUGUGGAUCCGGCCCAAGGACUCGGUCGUCGUGUCCGUCAAGGCGGCCAGCGUGGGACCGUCCGAUAGCUUCGCGCGGGGCAUCACGCUGCGCUUCCCGCGGUUCCGCCGUCUGAGGCUCGACCGCAGCUGGGACUCGGCGCUCAACGUCGAGGAGUUCCAGGAGCUCAAGAAGAGGGUCGACGCCGAGUCCAAGGAGAAAGCCAUGACGGUCGAGGACCGCAAGAGGAGGAACCCGAAGCGCGUGAAGCGCCAGGUCGUCAUCGCGGGCGAGGACACGGCGCCGGUGGCGUUUGAGGGCGACAAGUCGCGUGUCUUCGAGGGCCUGCAGUUCUGCGUGCUGUCCGAGUCGCUCAAGCCGUACAAGCACACCAAGGCCCAGCUCGAAACCAUUGUCAAGGAAAACGGCGGCGCCGUGUCCCAGCGCGCUGCCAAAGACAUGGUUUUCAUCGCGGACAAGAAGGUCGUCAAGGCGGCCAGCCUGAUCAAGGACGGCAGCGUGGACAUUAUUCGACCCCGCUGGAUCAAGGACUGCCUGGAGCAAUCCAACGACGGCGUUGGCGAUGCCGCCGCGGGGUACCUCCUCCCAUACGAGGAAUGCCACUUGUUCCACGCGACGGACGAGACGAGGGCGGCUGCGAUGCACAACACGGACCAGUACGGGGACAGCUACGCGCGAGACACGUCCGUCGAGGAGCUGCGCGACGUCUUGGCCGACAUGCCAAAGCUGGAGAGCCUGGGGGAGGCCUUUGACGCGUCCGUCUUCUUGCGAGAGCUGGAGGAGCGACAGAAAGGCCUAGGCGACCUACGAGGGUUCAUGUUCCGGGGGUGCGUCGUGCACUUUCGGCCCGCGGAGGAGGCGGCGACGGCGGGCGCGCGGCAGCGGCUGCUGCUGAGCAAGCUGGCGCGCUAUGUCGAGUACGCAGGCGGUCGUGUGGAGGAUGCGCUCGGAGGCGGCGACGGGGUGGUGACGCAUGUGGUGAUUGUAGGGGACGACGCGAUGGAGAUGGGUGAGGUGGCCGACGAGGUGCGCAGGGAAGUGAGCGGCUGGCGCCGGAUACCCAGGGUCGUGACGGGCGGGUGGGUGGAGGAGAGCUGGGCGGAGAAGACGAGGCUGGACGAGGAACAGUACGCGGUGCCGUGACCGAUCUUGGAUCUUUAAGAUGAGGCUUGUAGGAUUAAUGUAUGUAGGUAUUCAGUGGUUUCCGUCAUUCAGAUCGCACGCCGGCCAGCCACAGCACGCACA